GUUUACACAAAGGGCGGAAGCUUAUUAAUAUCCGCCCACUUAUAGAUCCCCCCGACUACCCACGACAACUCCCGCAUCAAGCACACUGUUUGCCCAACUUUCUAGCGGAUUCAAACCAUAGCCCUCUUCUCUGUCCAAAAUACUUCCGAGGGGCGAAGAGACCACCUGGCAAACAUGGCCGGUGUCGCUGAUGCCACCCGUACCGGCGAGAGCAAUGCGGAGGAAGCCAGCAAGAAGCGGAUUUAUAGUGCAUGUGCCUAUUGUAAAUCACGCAAAAGACGAUGCGAUGGAGGAGAGCCAGCCUGUGGGCUCUGCACUAUGUCGGGCGUACCCUGCGUCUACACUGAGCGCAGGAAGAGAGGCCCGGGGCGGAAGAACAAAGCCGGGGUCGAAUCAGAAGGGAAGCGGCAGAGCAACGAGGCUGAACUCAACGGCCUAGGCAAUCAGUCAUCCCUUGAUGAUCCAGAAUUCGCAGGGCUUGUCGAUACUCUGUCUUCUCAGACGGUUCCCCCUACAGAACGUCGUAUCAAAAUACCGAAAAGUCUGGCGCAAAGACUUCAGAGCUAUGCUGCAGAACAACAACAGCGCAACCCCGCUGAUCCUGGGCCCAGCCGGCGUGAGAGGAUACCACCCUAUGCUCUUCCCUUCCUCCCCAAAGAUCUGUUCGGGCGGUCUUCCGUACUAGAAGGCCUCCGUAACGCCCGGAGUCAAAUCGAGGCAAACAUUGACCCGAGACCGUUCAGCAGAAGCACAUUUGCGCGCUUCCCGCCUCAAGACUACAUUCUAGACCUGGAAAUCACCGUCAUGGAAGAAGUGCAGCUCUUCUGUCCCGCCAUGACCCGGGAUACAUUCCUAGAGCUUACCGAUAAGCAGUACGGAGUUCAUUCCGAUCAAAACGACUGUGAUACUUCAGCUAGGCGUUGCAUAGCGAACGCCCUGUUCGGGGCUGCCAUGCGGUGGAGGACCGCGAAUGAUUCCUUUGAGCACUUUGGCGGCUUGAGCUGGGGAUACUACAAGAACGCCUACUCCAUUUUCCCAGAGCUCAUUCUUCAGGGGAACAAUGUGUUGGCGUGCGAGGCGAUACUGGCUUUAGCCACGUUCUCUUUGGGCACGGCCGAUACCCGCACGACAGCACAGCUGGCUUCUGCUGCGGCCCGAACUGCCCAAAUAAUUGGGCUACACAGGAGAGAAACCUAUGUCAACCUCGAUGCCAAAGAGUCAGCGCGACGAAAGCGAGUAUGCUGGGCCACGCACAUACUAAACACCGACAUGAUGGCCAGAUUUGGACUAUCCCAUCCCUUUGCUCACGGCGAUGUGACAGUUGAGCUUCCAGCCGAGAAUGCGACCAUUUUCGAUGGCACGUCACAGAUACCGUGCUUCCUCAGGAGCAUGGCACAACUAUCUAGAACCCAAGUCAAACUCCACGAAAAGUUCUCUGCACACAAUAUCCAGCUCCAGUCAGGCACAGAUCAUCACAUGAUGCUGAUACUGUCCACAUGUGAGCUGGAAGAGUGGAAGACCUCGCUCCCACAGGAAUCGAGACCGGAUCCAGCCACUCUCUCGACGACGAGAGAGCUCGACAUGCCGACCGCCCUCUUGCAUUUCAUCUACUUUAGCACCCUGAUCAAGACGCACAUCAACCUGGCACGGCUCAAGAAUGCGACGAGCAUUCAGCCGUCGUCCCCGCUGUACAACGAGUGGGUGAAUAGGGACGCAUUCCCCAACAUAGAGCAGUCGCACGCCAAGUGUACUGCAGCGGCGCGGGCUAUUAUUGAUCUUCUACGCGUGAUGCCGCCUCAACCAUAUGUGAACUUAUGGGUUCUCCUCGGCUAUCCCAUCAUGGCCAGCUUAAUCCUCUUGUGGUCUGCACUCGAAGAGCCGACCGGGUCAGAUGCCCUUCUCAAUGUGAGGGUCAUGGGCCAGUUCAUCCAGUUCCUAGCGGGGGUGAAGGAGGAAGGCUGCGAUUUACACAGCGUGCUGGACGGCUGUUCAAAGAUCUACAAGAUUGCCAAAUACGUCGUCCACACGCAGAGAGCCAUGAGGUUGUCGGCGCCCUUGGAGGAAGACAAUGACGUCAAGGAACAACUCGAGACUCUGCGUUUUAAGCUCUCUGGAGUCACGGAUUGGAUGUAUCUUGCCCAGGGUCUACUGAGCAACAUGCCUCUACUUUGCGCACAGGCAAGAGACAUUUUUGCAGAUGUUCUUGGGAUUGAGCAGGCGAAUCCCGAGUAUGGGGCGUUUGCCCCCGAGUUGCUGAUGCCACACAGGCAUAAUGUAUUUUUUAGUUCUUGAAAGAACUUGGUACUUGCAUUGUACAC